AUGGAAGCAAUCUUUUCCCAGAAUUCCUCUAGCUCCGAAAAUUCUUCUUGGUACUACAUGGACCAACACUCUAUCGUUUGGAUGGAUAAGGAGGAGAAGUUCCAGAGCGAUAUUCACAUUGGCUUUGGUCUGUUGAUAGUCCUUCCCUUGCUCAUGCUGGAUGGUCAGAUUCAAUAUGUUGUCUUCGUGAGAAACUUCGUUGACAAACCUGCCAGCCCCAUCGUGCAAGUAUACCAAAGUUUUAAAGAUCGAAGCGCCUGUGGUUGUAUAGAAGGCAAAGAAGGUGCAAAUAUCAGCCAUGACUAUAACGUCCUCAGCGUUGUUCAGCACUUUACUGAGCAUAGACCUACCAACUACAGCCAAGAACCGAUAGACAUGGACGCAAUGACGGACUACAUUGAGAUGCUAUUCGCUGUGCCUGAACACGAACGUAAUAUUACAGCUAUUGGUAUUGUUAAGGAGAUCGAAGGAGAAGAAUGUGAAGAGAACGAGACGACAACUGCCAUAUCAACAAUCACCAAUUCCAAACCAUCCAUACCAGUUCACCCAAUUUACAACAAAGUUGCUACACCAAAAUUAUAUCAACAUACAGAUUGGGAGAACUUAUUCGCUUUUGCUACAGCGUCAUUCGGAACAACGGAGAUGAGUUCAACAUCAUAUACGACGACCCUAACACCAACACCAUCGGAAACAAGUACACCACCGGAAACAACUGCCGUAUCCGAGGCAAGCUCCACUCCACUGGAAACAAUAUAUUCAACAACGGAAAGAACGGAGUUACCAUCUACAGAUAUUACAACUAAGACCUUAGAAUUAACUAGCACAACAGAAACACCAACGCUAGAAUUAUCCACAAUAACAUUUCCAGAAACAACUUCACCUGCACAAGAUACAACUUUAAUAGGGACGGAAACCGUUACACCAAAAGCAACUUCAGUAACAACAGAAUCAACAUUAAGUUCAACAACACUGUCUAUAACCCCAGAACUAACGACAUCAACAUCACUGGAAGCAACGACAGAAAUAGCAUCAGAAACAACAGUAACACAAGAAGUGCAUACUACAUCAAGACCACCAGUAUGUGACCCUGAAGUAGAAGACUGUAUAAUUCCUAUUGUAAAGCCAAAGCCAGAAAUUAUUACGCAGAUUGAACAGAACGAGGAAACACUGGAAUGUGAAGACGCGCAUCACAAUUUCAGCCAGGAAGUCAUCAUAGAAAAUACGUAUUCUAACGAGAGCCUGAAGGAUGCACUUGGCAGGCUGGAGGCUGGUGAACAAGCUUUUUCAGUUCUCCAAUCAGUUUUAAACGAAAACAGCUCAAACGAUGAAGCUUCCUGGUUCUAUGCUAACGAUAAUGAUAUUGUGGUUCUUGAUAAUAAGACGUUUCCGGACGACGUACAUUUGGGAUGGGCGGUUGUGGUGGUUUUCCCGUUCCUGAUGCACAACGGCGACUGGAAUUUCGUGAUUCUUAUUAGAUCCUACCGUGCUGAGCAAGCUAGUCCCAUCGUGCAGGUCAGCAAAGCUCACUUGCAGUUGAUUAAAGUUAACAUUUCCAAUGAGAAUAUUCCGAUUCACCAAGAAACAGUGCGAAUGUGCAACGAAUGUGGCGAAAUCGGAAACCAGGAUAAUCACUCCAGCCAUGACAUCAUGCAGAUCUUCAGAGACAUAAGUCAGAAGCCUACGAAUCACAGCGAAGACACUGAACCUCUACUCACAAGUUAUAUGCAGAUGCUCCUCCAAGUGCCGGAGUUCCAGCGUUAUGUGACCAACUUGAGCGUGGUUGUUGACAUCCAAAUUGAAUGUGAAAAUGAAACAUCAACAACUCCAGAAACAUCUACAGCUAGUGAAGAAACAACUGUUUUAAUAUCCACGACAACAGUUGCUACUUCUACAGAAUCAACUAUUUCAAAAACCUCAACAAAGCCUACGAGUUCGACAGAGAAACCAUUCUUACCAACAUCACCAGAACCUGAAAGUUCAUCAGAGAAAACAACAGUGUUGUCAACGUCACCAGAGCCUACAAGCUCUACAGAGAGAACAACAGUGUUGCCAACGUCUCCAGAACCUACAAGCUCGACAGAGAGAACAUCAGUGUUACCAACGUCUCCAGAACCUGUAAGCUCUACAGAGAGAACAACAGUGUUGCUGACUUCACCAGAACCUACAAGUUCAAUGAAGAAACCAACAUUGUUACCAACGUCACCAGAACCUGCAAGCUCUACAGAGAGAACAACAGUGUUACCAACGUCACCAGAACCUACAAGCUCUACAGAGAGAACAACAGUGUUGCCAACGUCACCAGAACCUACAAGCUCGACAGAAAGAACAACAGUGUUGCCAACGUCACCAGAACCUACAGGCUCUACAGAGAGAACAACAGUGUUGCCAACGUCACCAGAACCUACAAGCUCUACAGAGAGAACAACAGUGUUACCAACGUCACCUGAACCUACAGGCUCUACAGAGAGAACAACAGUGUUGCCAACGUCUCCAGAACCUACAAGCUCUACAGAGAGAACAACAGUGUUGCCAACGUCACCAGAACCUACAAGUUUGACAGAGAGAACACCAGUGUUGCCAACGUCACCUGAACCUACAAGUUUGACAGAGAGAACAACAGUGUUGCCAACGUCAACAGAACCUACAAGUUUGACAGAGAGAACAACAGUGUUGCCAACGUCACCUGAACCUACAAGCUCUACAGAGAGAACAACAGUGUUGCCAACGUCAACAGAACCUACAAGUUUGACAGAGAGAACAACAGUGUUGCCAACGUCACCAGAACCUACAAGCUCUACAGAGAGAACAACAGUGUUGCCAACGUCACCAGAACCUACAAGUUUGACAGAGAGAACAUCAGUGUUGCCAACGUCACCAGAACCUACAAGUUUGACAGAGAGAACAACAGUGUUGCCAACGUCACCAGAACCUACAAGCUCUACAGAGAGAACAACAGUGUUGCCAACGUCACCAGAAUCUACAAGCUCGACAGAGAGAACAACAGUGUUGCCAACGUCACCAGAACCUACAAGCUCUACAGAGAGAACAACAGUGUUGCCAACGUCACCAGAACCUACAAGUUUGACAGAGAGAACAACAGUGUUGCCAAUGUCACCAGAACCUUCAAGCUCGUUAGAGAGAACAACAGUGUUGCCAACGUCACCUGAAUCUACAAGCUCAACAGAGAGAACAACAGUAUUACCAACUUCAUCAGAAAUUACAAUAUUAACCGAGAGAACAACAAUGUUAACGACCUCAGCAGAAUCAGCAAGGUCGACCGAGAGAACGCCAGUACCUCCAACCACUCCAGUGCCCGGCACUUCAACAGAGAAAGCGACUGUUUCCGCGACGGCAACAGAGCCCGAUUUCUCGUCACAACCUCCAGCUGAAAGUAAGUGACCAUUUAAAUGAGUAUGGUUACACACACACACACACACA